UCUUUUCCCCGUAAAACGAGAAAUUUGUAUGUCUGAUUUGACUUGGAAACAGCCCCACUCGCUCAUAUACAUUCAUUCAUAAAACUGCUAUUUCUUAAGAGUCAUUAAGCACUGCGCUUCUUUUUCUUUCUAGAGUGAUCGAUGGCUAGACUUGCGUUGAUGGCUGCGGCAGUGGUUCUGGCUUUUCUUGCGGCAGCUCCGGUGACUGAGGUGGCCGCUAAGAGAUGGAUAGUGGGUGAUAACAAGUUCUGGAAUCCCAAUAUCAACUAUACCAUUUGGGCUCAGGACAAACAUUUCUACCUCGACGACUGGCUCUAUUUUGUGUACGAGAGAAACCAAUACAACGUUAUAGAAGUGAACGAGACCAACUACAUAAGUUGCAAUGCCGAUAACCCGAUCGCUAACUGGAGCCGUGGAUCUGGAAGGGACGUUGUUCAUCUCAAUGUGACCAGACAUUACUAUCUCAUUAGCGGUAGCGGUGGUGGAUGUUACGGUGGUAUGAAGCUCGAUGUUUUAGUUGAGAAACCGCCUCCCCCACCAAUCGCAGCACCUAUCAAGAACAGUGCAAGACGAGCCUUCUCCAACUUUGGUUUUGCACAUCAGUUUGUCAUUCCAGUAGCUGUUUUUACAGUGAUCGGGACAAUGUGGGACGCGGUACUGCGGUUUUGUUAACGAGUCUUGACUUCUUUUUAUGAGAAAAAAACGAUUGUUUAGAUUCUUAGCAAAGUGAAACUCCUUCCUCCGUAGCUCGUAGUGUUCGUUACUCUCUAUUAUGUUGGUUUCUUGGAUCUUCAGUCAUUCGUUGUGUCAGUGUGUCUGUGCCUUGGGAGAUUGUUCAUGCUAUGCUUUUGUUGGUGGGAAAUCAAUUGUUGAAACCUGAAAGAUAAGUGUAAUUUGCUUUAUAUGAAAAGAAAAAACU